UGCAACUUUCACCGCUUGUUUUAAGAAAGUUGCGGUUAGGAAUGGUCUCGCAAAACUGCAUAAGUGCUGCCACUUUCGCUACUCAAAAAGCCAAAGUUGAUGAGUUAAUGAAUGUAGAUAUAACAAAAGGAGACUUAUGGUAUAUCCUAUCUCUUAACUGGUGGACGAAGUGGGAGGAAUUUGUGGACUCGGUUUCCAAAAGUGGGAUGGUUGACGAGACCUCGGAAGAGUAUCCAGGAAAAGUUGAUAACAGUGAUAUUUUAUGUGAUGGAAAAUUAAAAGAGAACUUGCUCUUAGAAAAUGACAUCACGUUAAUACCUAGGAAUGUGUGGAAGCUGUUUGUUGACUUUUAUGGUUGUACGCACACAGACAUUUCAGUCUUCGAACGGCGUGCCAUCCAAGCUCCAAAGUCAGCGGAAAUCGAAAUAUAUCCACCUCACUACUCAUUUUACUUAAAUCCUCCAAAUUCAAGUGCCACUUUCCUGUUUGAAGGGACAUAUUGCAAGUUUCAGACAAUAAGAGAACUUAAACUGAUAGUCGCGCAACAUCUCAAAGCAGCACCUGGCGUGAAUGUUCACUUAUCAAUACACAAUGAGCAAAAUGAGUUUGAAGAAUUAGAAGAUGAAGAUGCUACCAUAGAAGAAGCUAACCUGGAGCGUGAAAAAGUUAUUUUUGUUCAUCUGGAACCUAGAAAUGGAAUACGCAGUGACGUAUGCGUAAAUAGUUCACGUUUGAAGUCGAAUGACUCUAUAGGAUCUCAACCUGAAUCUCAGAUGCUGUCGUUACAUGGGUCCAGUCCGCCUUUAGUACCAGGAGUUUGUGGUCUCAAUAACUUGGGAAAUACCUGUUUUAUGAAUAGUGCUCUUCAGUGUAUGUCCAAUGUUCCUGCAUUAACCAGUUACUUCCUAAGUGGUAAAUGGAAGUCAGAACUAAAUAUACGUAAUCCACUUGGAUCUCAAGGAAGAAUUGCUACUGCUUAUGCAGAUCUCAUUAAGCAGAUGUGGUCGGGGACGCGAGCAUAUGCUGUGCCUCGUGAGUUUAAGGACAUAAACCAGAAUGUGCACUUCCAUUUGGUAAAACAAAAAGACAACUAUGUAUAAUACAUCAUCAAGGAGAUUAGCGUUUGAACAAACGAAUUGUUAUUCAUUGGUUUAUUUUCAUAGAUUACAUGUUAAUACUGAAAGGCUGAGUGAACAAUAGCAUGUAAAGAAGAGAUGUGAUCGAGUCCGAAAUUGUAGUGAAAUAUAGAUUGUUCUAUAUUUAUCAAAACUUUUUUAAUCAGCAUAAGUUAGUAAUGGGGAAAACGAGGAAUAUGGGAGAAAAUAUCAUACAGCUGUGAUGUAUACUACUUUUGUCCGAAGAAUAUUAAUGACUGAAAAUAACAUUAAUGAUCAUAAAAUCGACUCUUGUUGAAGUCUUAGAUGUUCAGUCGUUAAGAGUUCCACACCACUAUGAAACAUCUAUUCAGUACCUAAUACUUGCCAAUGUUUAGUUAACUGAAUGUCACUCAAUGAUGUUGGUUAAUAAUAAACUUCAUUCAAAUAGGCAACUUGAUUAUGAUAUUCGACUGUUUCCGAAAAACACGUUCUCUCUUAUAACAAUUCAGUACUUCCAUUUCUAUUCACCAUUUCAGUGAAUAACGCGUCGAUGUUUGAAGUGAUUAUGUAACGAAUUCAGUUCUCUGUAUGAACAUCAAUAUUAGGACGAUUGUUGAUCCUCCUGACGCGUCCUACAUGCAACAUAAAGUACAACAUACAGUCGAUUGUAUGUCAUUACUCAACUUUAAGAAUCAUUUGUGACCACAUGCCAAUACUGAGAUAAAUCACUGAGAAUUUAUAAAUGACAAUUGAGAUUACUUGAAUACAGUGGUCUAACAAAUAAGAUGGACUACAGAAGUUGUAUAAGCAAAUCAUAAUGAAUAAUCUUAUACACAAAAUUUAGUUACAAACCUCAACUUGUGAGGUGUCUGGGACAUAAAUAAUAAUUAUAACAUGCGAUAGUACAAAAGACAGCUGAUAGCUGUGUCGAUAUUUGACAACAGUUUAUGAACAACCGAAAACCGAACCAACAGCAAAACAAUAUGGAAACUGCUGCAUUUAGACAAAUGCAUGAAACUGUGGAUAACCGCUGCAGUGACUAGGGUAUAGUAAUUAAAAUGAUAAAUACAAUGAUAAGUACAAUAAACGUCAUAAAUAUAUGUGAACAUUUCAGAGUGUUACACCACAACUUGCAUGACAACAUAAAUGUGAAAAUUGUUGCGAAUACAAUUGCUUACUGAAUGUAAAUAAGUAGUACAAAACCAUAUACAAGAGAGUGGAAAGGGAGAGAGUAGGAACAAUUUAAGACAAACUUAAUAGUUAUGAAAUAUAAAAACAACAACAACAGCAAUGUGGAUUUGACAAUGAAUUCUAUACAUAGAGAGAAAUAUUACCUGUGUCACCUUUAUGCAUAG